GAUUGGACGCGACGGACUGUCCGUUAUGGAUUGGGCGUCGUCAAAGAGAAGGCCCGACUGAGGCCGAGUGGCUUGAAGUGGUUGUGGGGUCGGCGCGCUGAAGUUGGGUGGUAUCUCGGCGCAGGAGGGGCAAUUAACAAGCUAUUGCCAUGAAACUCAAGUUUUGGUGAAGUGAUCAAAUACCUGGAUAUAAAGAAAUCAUGAAGAUGAAGGAUGAUGGUGGUUGAGCAGGUAUACAGACUUUGUGGAGUUGUUGUGGGUCGUUGUGCAACUGAUCUAAUUUACAGCUGAUUGCACCUGUGUAUAGACACAGUUGUCAUGGAAACUGGCAGCAGUGAAGAGACAGCCGGAACAAAGGCUUUGUCUCCUGGCCGUGGGGAACUUGCCAGAGGGAGCCAGAUCCUGGGAGCAGCUGUGCUUGCACCAUACGACUGUACUGAUGCCUCUGAUACGGAACAGUCUUCUGGGAAGCUUAAGAAAACUGCUUUUAAAUUGUUUGGAGGAAAGAAGAGCAUUUGUGCACUACCUAGCUUUUUCACUAUUAAGAACAAAGGACAAGUAAAGGGAUUCUCCAAAAAGGGAAUCACAAAAAGCAAAACUCUCAAUGGCAUAAGUGAAGUGGCUUUGGACAUUAAUCAAAAAGAAGGACUUGAUACUGUGUGGGGUGGAUACAAUGAUUCAUCUGGUUGGAGCUCUGCAGCAUCAAGAAGCUUGCGUGGCUCUAAAAGUGAGCACUUGGCACUAGAUAACAACAUCAACUCUGAUUUCCAUAAAAGUGAAUCUGUAGAAUUGGAGAACUCUGAAUGUUUUGCUCACAAACGAAACACAGAUAAGCCCUCAAAUGAGAGGAGGUCGAAGAAGGGCCUGAGGGGUCUCUUUAAUAGCAUCAGACGUCACAAAAAGAACAAAGCUGUUGAUUCUGCGAAAGGAGACCCACAGGACAGUAACUAUGCUGCUGAUGAUUUUGCACAUACAGAACAACCGGCCGCAGGAGAACAAGUCAUCGGAGUUGAAUUUAAAAAGGGAAUGGUGGAGCUAAACCUGAAGCCUUCAUGUAAAAUGAACUAUACAGAAGCAAGCAAUCCAGCAGAUAAAAUUGGAACUGCAAAUAGUACAAGUUCUUUCUCUGAGUCAGGUGCUUUAAAAAUUGAAAAUAGCACGAGGAAUAAGAGGAAUGAGUUUGAGACAUCUGCUGCGGAGGUAAGGAAGGUCAGUGUGGGCGAAACUAAGGCAUUAAAUAGGAAGCCUGGUAGUGCUAUUUCUAAUCUAAACUCUGGUUUUGGUAGCAUGCCUGAUAUUGUGAAACCUAAUUGCAUAGAUCAUGACCCACCAUCUGUGCAUUCUUUUGAUCAAGUCAGCUUGAUUUUUGGUGAUGUGACUUCACUGAAGAGCUUUGACUCUCUAACAGGCUGUGGGGACAUUAUUGCUGACCAUGACGAUGAUAGCAUUGCUGAAAGCACAGUAUCGGGUGAGAGGGGUAGAACAGCUGGGAAACGGAGCUCGUGUUUGGUUACCUAUCAGGGUGGUGGGGAAGAAAUGGCAACUCCGGAUGAGGUUGAAGAUGAAUAUCUUAAAGCCCUAUGGGAGAAAGCAACAGGGACAGCGACAGUGUUUGAUAGCAGCCAAAAUAUAGCAGAAGAUGGUGGUGAGUGUUUGCGAUCACCGAGUGAUGUGGAGCAUUCUACUUUGCAUAUUAACCUGUCGGAUCCUUGUGCUCUGCGAGGUAUCACUGAUAGUGCAAUCAAUAGUAGUGAGCUGGUGACACCACAGAGUGACCAUCAGGAAUCAGCACCAAAUAGUGAUGAAGGUUAUUAUGACUCUACCACCCCUGGACAUGAGGAGGAAGGUGCAGACAGCAUUAGUGAAAGUAAAAAUGGAAGACUUCCAAGGGAUAGCUAUAGUGGAGAUGCCUUGUAUGAACUCUUUGAGCAGAAUGAUAGUCUUAUAAAUUCUCCACCAAGUGAUGAGCAAUCUUUCGAAACCAAGCCACCUUCACUAGGUGCCUCACUUACAUCCAUUUUAAGCUUUUCGUUGCCAGUGGAUACAAAUAUUACUUGUAUUCCAACUAAGCAGAACAUUAUGAUUCCUUCAGAACAAGAAAAAUUUAAUUUUGUUCAGGAAGGUGAGAUCAGAAUAGCUCACCUACAGCAACAGUUGACUUGUUGGGAGUCAAAUGGGAAAAUGACUUUUAUAAAAGACUUCUCUGUUAGAGGAAAGGAAGCAUUCUCUGGUAAUCUACUUGAAACUGAAUUUAGUAAAAUUGGCGCCGAUGCUCUUGGUGUUAUUGCCAAAAAUCAAGCUGCUGUGUGCGCAGAACCUUUUAUUUCAAAUAGUCUGAACAAAAAUGGAAAAGUGAAAGCUGAGUACUUGUCAGAGGCAGCUGAUGGGCAGAACUGGACAAAAAUCCAAAGAUUAUGUCCGGAUGAAACUGAUAAUAAAUACUUGAUGUGUAAGCGGAGUGUGUGUGAAAACUACAGCUUGACAAAACUUCACAAUAAUAUGUCUAGAGCAAGUUGUACACAAGAAUGCAAAAAUGAAAACAGUGGUAAAUGGGGCCAACAAAUGAAAAACAGUGAGAAUCACAGUUUGAAGAAAUUGGUUCAGACCAGCACAGGAGCCAAUGGAGUAGUCAAUGAAUUAAGUGGAAACUCUUCUGAUUGUAGAGAAAUGAGAAAAACUGAAGAGAAAUUUGAACAAGCCAUCAACUACUCACAGGCUUUAGUUGAAUUCACAGCUAACAGAAAACUUUAUCCCAAUCUUUCUGAAGGCCUUGGGAAUUCUGAUUCAGGAUCUCAACUCACACAGGAUAUACAUGCUUUGCCAGCUAUGGUAACUUUUGAUGUUGUCGAUGUUGAGAAUGAGGAGGAAUGUGACCAGCAGAGUGAAAUGGUCUUGGACGAGGAAAUCUCUGCAUCUUAUGAGGCCUUUGAUAACAGUUUCUUGGAGAAAUAUCACCAUUGUGACGACAGAAUGUUUCCAAGUUGUACCCAGACUACUUCCCUUGGCACUUGCUGGGGGGCUGCCAGUCUUCCACGGCAUAGCAGUCUUUAUAAACUAAAUCCUUCACUGCCAGCUCCAUUAUCAGUUAGCAGAAGGAGCAAGUCUCUUGAUACUGACAGCUUAGAAUCUGAACUUACUGAUUUGUAUCUGUCAAAGGUCACAGCGGCAUCAAAGAGCACCCCACAGUCUCCUGAUGUUCCUCCCUAUGAAUGGGAUGGCAGGAAAGGAUCUGCUUGUCACUGGUUUGGCAAACGAAGUAGUCAAAUUGUUUCUUUGGAAACCCCAGAGAUUGCACAUAGUUUGCAUUGGUCUGGACAGCAGUUCGCCAAAUACAGGGAAGAACCUGUGUCUGCAGAUAAGAGAAAUGCAUCAUUUAAUUCUUUAUGUCCUUCUGAAACAGACUUGGGUAAGCAGCACACUAAUCGGACUGGGGAUUUGUGUUUACACUGUAAAUCUAAUGUAGCUAAACAGGCAACUCAAAAUCAGCCGACUUGUAACUGCAAUCUGGGACCCGUAAUUAACAAUAAGAUGCCUCAUAAUUCACGAAAAUUGGUUAGACCCUCUCAUCUACCAUUACAAAAUGAUGAUUUUGCAUUGCAGACCGGUAUUUAUAGUUCUUCAAGAGAAAACACUACUGGCAAAGGGCUAUGUGUUUCCUUAAAGGAAAGUAGGGAAGAAGAUUUCUGUAAAAUUGCAUCCUUGGCUAGGUAUUCUGAUUCUGAACUUGCUGGUAAAGGAUGUGGCACUGGAGAGAUUGCUCGGGUACUAUCUCCCUUCCAUUCAAAUAAGAUGAAGUCUGAAGCACAGUCUGGAUCUUACUGGCCAUUACACAGCUGCCAAUAAUAUUAUGUUUCAAGGAACAAAUAAGUGCCCUUUAGUGUGGAACUUCCUGAAGGGUGGAAUAGAAACACUACUUAUGGAUGUGUAAUCUUUUAACUUAUUAUGUGGAGAGAAAACUGCUAGAGAAAGCUGUGUUGCCUGAGGGUUUUUUUUUGGUUAUAUUACCAAUUUGUAAAUUCACGGUGUUUUAUAUUCACCAAAGGCUUUGAAUAAUCUUUUAUAAAAAGUGUUAGUGAACCAGUAACUGUAGCAUUUUUAGAAUGUGAAUUGCAUGAUUUUUGUUAAACAAUUUACGUGGUUUAUAUAUUAAGAGCAUUUUCAUUACUUUGGUGUAAACUGCUGCUGUAAUGAUGCGGAAGUAUCGGGAUGGCUAAAAUUAACCAAACUUGACUGUUUAAAAGUUGGAAUUCAAACUUUUAUUUUGCAAUUAACUACAGGAAUUUUUAAUGUAUUUUUCAGCCUACUUUUCCAUAAAUUGAGUUUUUAUUUGUACAGGUUGAUAUCUGGAUUUCAGAAUCUGAUAAACUGGGUAUUAAUGAGUUUCUACUUCGUUAUGGGUUUUCGAGUUAGGGCUAUCAGCUUUCUUUCCAUGACAGCUUUUACUUGGCUACCUAAUUUAAAUAAAACUGCUAAUUGCCAGGUUAGUUUAAUAAUUGUGCUAUAUAUAUAUAUAUAUAUAUAUAUAUAUAUAUAUACACACACACUUAGCAAAGAAUUAUUGCACUUGCAUGUGAAUCUUAAAAACAUGUGUAAAGGAAGCUCUUCAGACCAUUGAAUCCCUUACAGCCAAUAAAGUGCUGUUUGGCUUGCUUGUUUUUGGCUCCUAGUUUUGUAAGGUGUGGCAAAUCAUGUGUUCUUACAAGAAAUUUUUUUAAGUGUGAGUUUUACGACCACUAUUGUACUUUAGAGCAGUCAAAAUCCCUUCUGAACUAUUAGUAAUUAUUCUCAAUUAUAAAUUUCUAAUUACCUAAUCUUUUUGAACUUCCUGUUGUGAUUAGAAUCAUUCUACGUACCAUUCUGACUUUGAUAUUUGUACAUCAUUAUAUUUUCUUUUUGCAGAUUUCUCAAUUAUGUUGCAUUUAAUUUUAGGUUUUUGCAGGCAUCACAAAAAGUAAAGGAUUUAUUUGGUGCUCUGGAAUCCCAAGACAAGUAGCCUUCCAGUCAAUUAAAAAAAAUGUUGAGGAUUAUCCUCUGGUUCUUCCCAGUAAUCAGGUUUUGGACUCUACUUCCUCUUUGAACCUUACUACUUCUAUAUUUCUGAGUUCUGAUUUUUAUAAACACUGAUUUUAAAAGCUCCAAUUUGAUUUGCUUGAAUAGUAUAGUCAGUGGUCCUUCCUGAUGUGAUCUUGAGUCAUGCAGGUAAAUUGUCCUCGAUCUGAUUUGUCAAAUUAACAGGUCUCAGAAAAAAAAAUGAAGGGAAAUUUGAAUAGACAUGUAUUGUCGCUGUUGCUUGUUGUCCAGUAAUUUCUGCUAGGUGUUUAUCUAAUUCUCUCAUCUCCUGUCUCAUGAUUAAUUAUAUUGUGAAGUACCAGAGGUAUGUCAGAAACAAAGAUAUUCUAAUUGAAAAAUAUUUUUUUCCAUAACUGAGGUAAUUAUUUGUUAAAACUGAAAACAUCAUGAAGUUUGUAGAAUUGAGCUUUGUGUAAUUUAUAGUGCUACUGUCUGUUGUGAAAUAUAGCUAUGCAGUUAUGUGCUUCCUGUAAAUCUCAGCAAUACUUGUUGAUUAAAUUUAUCCAAAAGAAGUAAUGAAUGUUAGAAUUUAAAUAAAAAAUUGUUCCUAAUUUGGAAUGAUUUUCUUUAAUUGUAUUGUACAAGAGUGUAGUUCCAGUAGUUUAACAAAUCAGCAGCAUCAAGCUUGAAAUCUCAUUUGUGUGUUCUCAAGCUUUACAUCCAAGCCAAAGGUUAUAAAUUUCUUACUUAUACAUCUCUCAACUUUAUAAUGUAUUUUCCACAUAUAACCAUAAUACAACUGUAAAGUCAAUAUUUUUCUUCCUGAUGAGUAAAAUGGGUAAAGAGAAACAUUGCCUAGAUUCCUGCUCCAGACUGUUAUCAGAAAACACCUGCUAAUUCACCUGUGAAUUUAUGCAUAUUAGUCCCAAGACAUUUUUUCCUGUGUGUCUUGUAUGAUCUCUGAGUUGUUACUUGAAUACACACACAAUGAGACUGUGGAAUUGUAGCUGGUAUUGGGCAAUCUCUUCAAAAAAACAGGCACUAUGCAUCUUCUCCUUAUACUUCAUCUUAUUUAUCUUUGCCAGCCAGCUAAGGCAUUGAGUAAAAUGCCACAAUGUUGUGAUGCAAGCUUUAUGCAUUCAUUUGACUUGGUGCUUUCUAAUGUUCUUUCCUUCCUAAAGUUUCAUACAAAGAUGACAAUACAAAUUUUGGGAUGUUGCUGUUCUUCGAUCAGUUAUCCAUGUGGCCAGUUAGUCCAUGUAGUGGGUGUUGUCAAAUCAUUGUAAAUAGGUUAUUUGGAGAUGAAUUGUCAUAUUCAUAGGAUGCCCAGGAACACUCAGCAUCAGUGAGUAGCAAUGUAAAAACUGUCAAUUUUUCUGAUUUUCGUAUUUCCCAGAUGCUCAGGCAGUGGUAUUGUGCAUCCUUCUAUGCCAUUUAUUAAAAGACCGUGGACAUCUUUCAAAAUGUCAAUGUUUGGAGAUAAAUCACUUUCAAAAGAGAAGAGAGACAAAGGGAAGAAUAAAUAGUUGGUCAAUAUUUUAAGUAUAGCUUGAAUUCCAGGCAGCAUCACAAGUAAAAUACAUAGUAGGUGUGCAUUUGCCCACAUUUACUGCCGUCAUCAGUAGCAUCUCUUCAGAAUAAAGGGGAUAAAUUUUUGAGAGAUUUGAGGAUUCACUAUUGGUGUUAUGAACAUCAUUUGCCCCUUCUGUAUUGGAAUAUUUUGAAAUUCCCAUCUACUGUGCUCUAACAAAGCCAGUAAAAUACCCUGGGAAAAUAGUUUUUCAAAAAAGGUCUGCUAGAAGUCUAAGAUAAAACCAGAAAGUGCAAGAAACUCUCAGCCAUUUACUUAACAUUUUGGGUCCAGGACCCUUUUUGAAGGAUCUCAGAAUUGAAAUAUUAAAUGGUUUCUCUUUCUGCAGAUGCUGUCUGUUCUACCAGGUGUUUUCAGCACUAAUUUUAUAUUUCAGUAAGGGGUUCUAUCCUGUAGCUGUUAACAGUCUGUUAAUAUCACUUAUUACUUGAUUAGUCAUUAGUUGGAAUUUAUUUAAUAAGUGCAGUGUUGACAUGUGGAUCUUGUGAAGCAGGUCUUCAAGCAUCAUGUAUUCCAGUAAUUUGUGCCAUCUCAAGUACACGAGUAUUUUAAACAAUAUGAUUUAUUCAUGCUUUAUAUAGCAAUACAAGUAAGAAAGUUGGGACAUCACAAAGAUCUGCUGCCAUUACCAUUUUAUUUUGUUUAACCUCUACAGCUUUGCAUUCAAUAUUUGUGAUAGUCUGGCAGCAAAUCUUGUUACAAAUUAUAAAUUUCUUGUUGGUGAAACAAAACUGUACAGCUUAAUAACAUGGAAAGGUUAAUCAGUUUUUCAGUGGUUCAUUCCAAAUAUUACAUGAUUAAUCUAAAUCCUUGUAAUUUAGUUUUUUGUGGCGUUUGUCUUUAAAUUCAUAUAAUAUGAUGAAAUGUCCUUAUUUCAAAAGCAAAGCAUUAAUUCCUUUGAAGCUAUUAAUCAGGGGUAAUUUAAUUCUUGCUUAAGGAACUGUAAAUAUAACAGUAAUCCAAUUAAAUAACAUUCUUAUUUAUUACAUGCUCCAAUUUUUGCAGAAUUAGUUUUUAUAUAUUUUCCAUACAUGAGUGAUAUUGGAACAGUACAAAUAGAAGUUUCACUAUUUCAUGAGCAUGCUAUGUUAUUUCGGGUGUAAAAUGAUGGCAUGCAGAAUAAGGCACUGAGUAAUUUCUCCCAGCAAUGUGCCUGAACUCCAAUCUUGCAAGAGAAUUGCCUUAAUGUACCAGUGACAUUUUCCACCUUGUCUUAGGCUGCGGGCAUUGAUAUUGCCAGUUGAUGUUGACUUAACUCAAAGUAACAGUACUUGCAGAUCUGGUUGAGACAAAUUCUAUUUUCUGUAGAAUUUUUGCAACCGGUUAAUAAAACCUAAAUUCGUUGGAUUAGCCUUUUAGACUUGUAAAAUGAUCAAUGAUGCUAUUAGAUAUUUUACAUUAUUGAGAUGGCUUUCUUCUUGAUCUACAUUGGUUUACAUUAAAUGUUUUUAAAAUCUGUGCUGUGGUCAAAAUGUCUGUUGAAAACUAGCUUAAUUUUUUUUCCAUUACACUACAUAUAGCAAUUUAAAUUGGGGGGUGGGGGGUUGCUGUGAUUACUGAAUGUAAACUGAGGUAAAAUGCAUGAAGAUGUUUCAAGCCAAUGGGAGGACUCUGUUUUAAAUGUGAUGAUAUUAAGCAGAAAAUAAUAGAAAGUACAACUGGUGUGCCAACAACUGAUGAGAUGUCUGAGACUAUUUCUUCAGUUCUGACAAGCUUCUUAAACCUGUCUUAGUUCUUUGCAAAUGCUGACUGACCUAUGCAUAUCCAUGUUUACUGUUUCACUAAAAUUGCCAGCAUUUACAAAUUUUGUCUUACUUGCACACUUGGAUGUAAUGAAUACUGAUGCAUGCUUCCUGUUAUGCACGGCAUGUAUGUAUUCCAAAAGCAACAAUGAUCUUUGUGGUGUCUCUCUUGCAUAUGUCAUAAAUGUACUGAGGUGCCUUAAAGAUGUUUUGGGUUAGUCACAAUAAGACCAUUACAGCUGUCAUUGCAGCCAGCACUGAGUACUGCAGGCAACCUCAUCAGCUUAUUGCAUGUGAAAGAUUUUUUUUAACCCAGACAUCAAGGUGUCAUUGUAGCUGUGCCUGUCCAAUGGGGCAAUUUGCUUAUUAGUGUAUUUGAUAUCUGUAAAUAUGUGGUGCUGUACAUAACUGGCCUCUGUAAAAUGUGGAAAAUGCAUUUUUUUGUAAAUUGUCAAGUCUUUGAUAUCCAGCUGUUGUACUCCAAAUAUUUAUGGUCAAGUUACUUUUCCAUUUAUUAUCGCGUCUCAUGAAAGAUUUACACAUUACUGUGUACAGAGGAAAUAAAACUCAACCAUAGAGCAAAAAAAACCUGACUUGAAUGUUUAUUUUCCCUUCGAGUUCUGAUUUAUUAGCAUGACAACGGGCCCAGAGGAUGCAAUUGUCUUUGUUCAU